CGCCCCCCGGUGUCAGCUUCGGGGGGGUGCCCGCGCCGCUCGCCCGCCCGCCCGCCAUGGCCUACCCGGGAUACGGAGGGUAUGGAGGUUACAGUGGUCAGAUACCAGGAAUGCAGUUGCAAAUGGGCCAGCCAAUGCCAGGAGCAGUACCAAGCAUUUCCCAUGGUGGUUAUUCUGGGUACUCAGCGUAUUCUGGUAGCUAUUCUUCUGCUGGUGACCCAAUGUGGACUUACUUCACUGCCAUUGCUGGACAGGAUGGUGAAGUGGAUGCUGAAGAGCUUCAGAGAUGCUUAACACAGUCUGGAAUUAGUGGAACCUACUCUCCAUUCAGUUUGGAAACCUGCAGAAUCAUGAUCUCUAUGUUGGAUAGGGAUUACACUGGAAAAAUGGGAUUUAAUGAAUUCAAAGAACUCUGGGCGGCUCUUAAUGCCUGGAAGCAAAACUUUAUGAUGAUCGACCAAGACCGAAGUGGGACUGUGGAGCUUCAUGAAUUGAGUCAGGUCAUUGCGGCUAUGGGUUAUAGGUUGAGUCCUCAGACAUUAACAGCCAUUGUGAAACGUUAUAGCAAGAAUGGAAGAAUCUUCUUCGAUGACUACGUUGCUUGCUGUGUGAAGCUUCGAGCAUUGACAGAUUUCUUUAGAAGAAGAGAUAACAUGCAGCAAGGAUUUGUAAACUUUGUAUAUGAUGAUUUUUUGCAGUGCACCAUGGCUAUUUGAAUGUCCACCUGCUAAAGAAAAGUGCCAGAAAAAGGAGCCCUGUGAAUUCCGUCAGAAGUCAACUGAACCUGCUGUGAACUAAAGCUAUUGUAGACUUUUUUGUGUUCUUGCCUGUUAAAAACAUCCCCUUUGUAAACAUGCUUUAAUCUUAGUGAACUGUUCAGAGCAAUAAAGGUUUUUUUUUGCCUUUUUACUAUAUGAAAAAGCAUUAUUUUUUAAGUUCUGUACUCUUGCAACAAAAAUCAGAAUUAUAAAUUAUGUGAUCAGUUAUUGGAAAGUAAAACAGUGAUUGUGGGAAGAUGAAUUUUGAGUAUCACAAACCAAAAUUAUUUAUCUGCCUAGAUAAGCGUGAUUUAUAUCUGCCAGAGCUGAAAUGUUUCGGAGUUUUCAGAUUCUGCAGUAGGAGAGAACUGGAUUUCAUGCCAUGUUGGUUGGGUUUGCUCCUCCACCCUUGAUCAGGGAAUCAAAACCCAACCGGGGAAUCAAAACCCAACUGUCUUCUCUACAUGUGCGAAAGGGAAAGAUUCGUACUUACCGAUGACGAACUUCUAACACCAGCCCCUUUCUCUCUUGGGGAAAUGGCAACUCCUGAGAAUUACCUCAAUCUUGUUUGAUUAGAACCGGUAAAUAAACCUAAAAUGGAUUUAGAAUACAGGAUCCAUCUUUCUUCCAUUUUCUUGGCUAAUUGAGUUUUUGGACUAUUAAUGAACAAGUGUUUUUCUUUGAAAGAAAAUCAAGCAUUCCCUGUGGAGUUAAAGGACCUGUUCUUUGUUCCAGGUUCUCUCAAUUCCUGGGAGUUCAUUAACUGAAAGUUCAUAUUUACAGUGGGUGAAAACACAAAGAUAUUAACCUCUUUAUCUGAAAAACACAUCUUCCACAGCCACAUUUUUAUGGCCAACCAUGAUGUGACUGUGAUAUAUGAUCCAAGCAAUAAGAUGUGACUUCUAUUUUUGCAUCCAAGGAAUAGUCAUUUCCACAAAGAAAAGAACCACGUAAGAUGAAAUAACAGUGCUCUGUUUAAGGGUGGAGGACAGAUGGCAACAUCUUGCAAAAAGCUUCCGUAGCACUUGUCCUCAUUGAAUGAGUCUAAAUCAGCAUUCACUUCCUUAACACUGAAAUAGGCAUGAGUUAGCUAUAAGUAAUAUGUUAUUGAUAGCCUGGUACACUUUAAAAAUCAGUGGGUUAAAAAAAAAAAACCCUUCAAUUUAGUAUACGGUUGUACUGGAAAAAAAUCUUCAAGAUGUUCAGUCUAUUAUGUUUAGUAAUCUGUGAACAAAUUAAUUUAGCCAUAGUAAGAUGUACAGUUCUCUAGGGUUUAUUGACAGAAACAAGUUCUAGCUAACACCUAAGGUAUAUUUGAUAAUUUUCCCAAUUCCCAAGAUUGGGCCAGUCAUUAUUGCGCUACUCUUUGUAAAACAUGUACUGAACCCUAAUAAUGCAAUUUAUUAAGACUCACUACCUUUUUUUUCACUCUUAUGCUUUAUUGAAGCCAAAUGUAAAAAAAGACAUCAAAAAGAACGAUUCCUUUGAUUUUAUGCCAAAUGAUGCUCAGCUUUGUAGCUAAUUGUGCAUUUAACUUUUCUUGUAAAUUGUCAUUCUUUUGCUUUUUUCAUCUACUCAGAUACUUUCGCUACUCUAUGAAGUACAUAUAAUUUGCUGAAUAUUUUUGAUACUGAAAUGCAGCCUACUUUUAAAUCCCGUAUUGUGUUUGCAUUAUAGCAAUGAAAAUAAUGAGGUGAGUAGUCAAAUCAGUUACCGAAAUAAAUAAAAAAAUAUUUAUUUCUAUCUGCUUAUGACUGGGAGAUGAGUAGUUUGUAGUGGUGGUUGAUAUGUUCAGGUUAGAUCUAAUCCUUAAAAGUUUUCAUGUUGGUAUUAUAAAUUGACUGAUGUACGCUGUCAAUGUACAAGUGCUUUUAUUUGUACAGUAAACAGUUUUCCAAGUCACCUUGAGAAUUUUUAGAAAUACACAUUCAAAUAGCUUGCUGUAAAGUGUUAUACAAAAUCUCUUACGUACAUAUUUUGAGAUGCUACAGUUCAUAAAAACAGUGAAAUAAUUCACCUAGGUCAGAAAGACUGCCAGAUUAUUAAAUGUCAAGUUUUGUAAUUCAGUGUUAGUGACAUCUUAGAACAUUUUAAAUGACAUUGAGGAGGGGGGAAAAUAAUCCUACAUGGAGUCUCAAUUUGGUCCAUUCUUAUUUUAGAGGGAAUAACUAUCUGUGCUCAUUUUAAUUUCCCAAACAGGCAUUAUUCAGAAAAGCAGCAUAAAAGAAAAUGCUGUUAUGAAAUGUAGAUUUUUACCUGUAAAUCUGUAUUCCAAAAAGACAGGUACUCAAAAGUAUGAAAUUUACUUUAAUGUGACUUUAGGUUUGUGCAAUGUUUUUAAAUUGUGGUAUUGAAAUUCAUCCUUGUGAUCAUUCUUUCAGUAAAACCUGGAAAUAAGAUAGUGUAAUCUUGUAUGUUGUCUUUUACUCAGUUUGGAUAAGCAUAAUAAAAAUUUCUGGUCAAAUGA